AUGGCUGAUCGUCCACAACCACACCAAAUACAAGUCCACCCCCAACGUCGCUACGACGACGUCGGUGCCAAGGGACGAGCAGGCCCUUCAGCCUCCACAAUCCUUGCCGUUGUGACCCUCGUCCCUCUUGGUGGCUCACUACUUGGACUCGCGGGUUUGACGCUGGCAGUCACGCUAGUUGGCCUGGCUGUGUUCAUCCCGGUUUUCAUCAUCUUCAGCCCCAUUCUGGUGCCAGCAAUCUUAACCAUUGGUCUGGCUGUCCUCGCCUUCUUGACCUCUGGGGCAUUUGGACUCACGGCUCUCUCUUCACUCACAUGGGCUUUCAACUACAUACGCCGGGCAGCCGGGUUCAUGCCUGAUCAGAUCGACCAAGCAAAGAGACGCAUGCAGGAUAUGGCUGGUUAUGUGGGGCAGAAGACGAAGGACCUAGGGCAGGAGAUUCAAAGCAGGACCCAAGAACAAGGGAGGAAGACGUAAUCUAGACAAGGAAGAUGGCGGAGUUAUGUUUGAGUCCUGUAGCCAAGUCAA